UACCGGAGGCUCCGGGCUCAUCAAUAAACGCCGCCGGCGGGGGCAGGGAGCCGGGGGGGCUCCGGGGAUCUCCGCAUCCCUUCCCACCACCGAGAGCUCACCGUGGGCCACCGGAUCGGUCCAUCGGCAUCGCCCAUGGCCGCCCUCUUCACCGGGAAGGUCCUGACGGGCAACCGGGAGCGGGACGAGGUGGAGACGGAGCGGGAGCUGGGCCUGGCGCUGGAGAACAAGGUGCUGCUGCUCUAUUUCGGGUCGGGGCAGUGCCCGUGGUGCCGGCAGUUCGCCCCCAUCCUCAAGGAUUUCUUCCUCCGUUUGACCGACGAGUUUUACGUGGAACGGGCGUCGCAGCUGGUCCUGGUGUACGUGUCGCGGGACGAGACGGAGGAGCAGCAGAGCGCGUUCCUCAGGAGCAUGCCGAAACGCUGGCUGGCCGUUCCCUUCGGGGACGCCUUCAAAAGGGACCUGGAGCUGCGCUUUGGCGUCUCCGAGGUGCCGGUGGUGGUGGUGCUGAGGCCUGACGGGGAGGUGAUCGUCGGCAACGCCGUGGACGAGAUCCGGCGCGUGGGACCCGCUUGCUUCCGAAACUGGCAGGAAGCCGCCGAGCUGGUGGACCGGAAUUUUCUCUUGGCGGAGGAUUUUGACGAGUUGAGCAGGAGGAGCAUCACCGACCCCUUCCGCCGCCUCAAGUACAAGGUGGAGAAGACGCCGGAGGAGAAGAAAAAGGGGAGGAAAGAGGACGGUGAAGAGUCUCCUUAGGAGCCGGUCGGGGUCUCUGUCCCCACCCGCCAUCUCCGGAUCAGCAACGUCUCUCUCUAUUCUAGAAUUGCGCCAAAAAUCACCUUAGUUUUCCAAAAAUUGAAUUGUUUUAAGGCAAAUGCGCUCUACUCCUGCGCAUGGCUGUUCAUACCCGGAAAAUUGGUUGGCGUAAUAAGGAUAUUCCGAGCUCGACUGAAGUACAUUUUCUUUUUUGCACCCUGGGACCUAGAGUAGUAAAAAAAAUCCUCAGGGUGACGUCUUUGUCACGUAUUUACCAAAAAAGUUAGAAGAAAACUAACCGCCAGAGGCCGGCAUUCAGUGAACGACUCGCUAAAGAGUCCUAAAAAUGUGAAUUGCAUUAAAAAAACCCCCAAGCGCUGCCACGGGGGUACGGAGAGGCUGUGGGAAACGGCAGCGGGAACAGAAUCCCUCUGAGAAGCCGAUAGGGGGAGGGGUUUUUUUUUGGGAGACAGACGCCCACGCGCUAAGUGAGAAAUCUCUCGCGUCACUGCUCACGUUAUGCUGCUGAAAAGUGAAGGUUUUGGACAAAUCCUGCCGAGGAGCAGGUUGUUCCGUGGCCGGAGUGCAGCGGCGCCGUGCUGGUGACCUGCCACCUCUCGUUAUCUGCUCACGGCCGUUGCCGUCUCCGGCAGCAGAGAGCCCGGCAGCGAUCCGUCGGGAAGCCGAAUCCCAUCCCAGGCGGAAGAUCCGCCUGUCCCAAUCCUGCCGGGGCUGCGCACGUCCUUAGCGAACAUCGCUCCGCUCUGUCCUCUCAAAUCCAACAGAUUUGUACGAAACCGACUCUCUCCGUAGCCAAAAAUCUCAUUUACGGAGCCUGCGGGGAAUCCUGCCGCGCGCAUCCCCCUUCUUUCCCGAAUCAAGGGGUCUAAAAAGCAGGAGAAAGGGGGAAAGGGAGCAUUAAUUUGCUCAGGUUUGGUCCUGUAUCGGCGGGGAGCUGAGCAGAGGGUUUAGAAAAGCUUUGCUGGAUCCACGAAGGAUCUGGGAAGGGAAGCGCAUGUCGGAGACAGACAGAGGCUCGUUCGACUUGUUUUCUCACUUCAUCUUCCCCCUCUUCGCCCAGCAAGUCCGACAGGUAGAGGAGGGAGGGAGGAGAAGUCCCAUAAAACAAACGGUUGGGAGGAGACUCCGCGCCCGGGCAGAAGAAGGGCAUUUCCUUCGGGAUGCUCUACGGCGCACGGACGUCGCGUGAAAAGGCACAAAUCGCACCCAAAAGAGCUUUCAGGCGGAGGAGCGAAGCUGUGCUGGCUGGCGGCCGCUGACGAAGCAAUAUCCCAUUUGCCUCGGGCCACGUCC